ACGCACGAUAUCCUGCUUCAACCAUAAUGCCUACAUAAAAAUGGAUCAAACCUAUAGGCUACUUGUGGACUGCGUCCUCGACAAGUGGGAAGAGAAGAAAGGAAAAGCAACUGCUGCAGGCGGCGGAGAGCAUCUGAUUCCUCGCCUUAUAAUCGCGAUAGCUGGUCCUCCUGGCUCUGGAAAGACAACAAUAGCCAACCAAGUUUCCAAUAUUAUCAAUUCUUUACCAUCAAAGAGGCCCAAAACAAUUGUUAUAUCUGCCGACGGCUUUCAUCUUCCACUCGCUACGCUUCGAAAACUUCCCAAUGCCUCUGAGGCUCUCGCUCGCCGCGGCGCGCCCUGGACGUUUGACGGACAUGCAGCAGUGAGCUUCAUUCGAAAACUGAAGACCAAUUCUCGCCGCCAGCUGGUUCUUGCUCCUACUUUUGACCAUGCAAUCAAAGACCCAGUAGCUGAUGGACUACUGAUAGAAGCUGACGUGGACAUAUGCAUACUGGAAGGCAACUAUCUUCUCUGUGAUGAGCCUCCAUGGGAUGAAAUAGCAGGCCUCGUUGAUGACAAGUGGUUUGUUCAUGUGGAGCCAGAUCUCGCUUGUACGCGAGUUGCAUCUCGGCAUCUUGCUGCCGGCAUUGAAACAACAAUGGAGGGGGCAGUCUACCGCGCCAAGACAAAUGAUUUGGUAAAUGGAGAAUUUAUUGUAUCUAAAAGUAGGGGUAGAUACGAUGUAAUGAUAGAAAGUAUAGAAAUCAAGACUUAAUAGAUAUUCAAUUUGGC